AUGGCCGAAUUUUUAGCCUCAAUCUACCGCAUCGAGAACGACAAAGUCGAUUGUCCCUUGUACGAGAAAACUGGAGUCUGUCGGCACGGAGACCGCUGUUCCCAUAUUCACAACAAGCCAACGAGUUCCCAAACUUGUAUUUUGCGAAACCUAUACGAAAAUCCGCAAAAUUCAGCGAAAUCUUCCGAAGGAAACCAAGAACACUUCGAUAAUUUUUUCGAGGACGUUUUCGUAGAGUGCGAAUAUAAGUACGGAGAGAUCGAAGAGAUGAAUGUUUGUGGUAACCUGGGAGAUCAUCUCAGAGGUAAUGUUUAUAUCAAAUUUCGACGCGAAGAAGAUGCAGAGAAGGCCGUUAACGAUUUGAAUAAUAGUCGGUUUGGAGGACGGAUUAUCCAGGCCGAGCUGUGUCCUGUGAUUGAUGUCAGGGAAGCGUGCUGUCGUCACUACGAGAUGGGCAGAUGUAAUCGUCCCAGGCUUUGUAAUUUUAUGCACUUGAAGCCCAUUUCACGUGACCUGGGAAGAUUUUUAUAUACGGGUAGGCGACGACACCGACGUCGCAAUCGAUCUUCUGGAACGGAGUGGUCGACUUCAACUAUUUCUAUCGAAGUUCCACACAAUAUCUAG